CUGACACACUGGCCUCAAGACAUUCUCUUUCCUUAUCCAGGCCAGCUGACUCCUGCAGAGAUGUCCUGCCAGCAGAGCCAGAAGCAGUGCCAGCCUCCUCCCAAGUGCCCCUCCCCCAAGUGCCCUCCCAAGAGCACAGCCCAGUGUCUGCCUGCAGCCUCCUCCUGCUGUGCUGCAAGCUCUGGGGGCUGCAGUGUCCCCAGCCCUGAGGGAGGCUGCUGCCUGAGCCACCACAGGCGCAGGUCCCACAGGUGCAGGCGCAGGAGCUCCAGUUCGUGUGACCGCUCCAGUUCGUGUGACCGUGGCAGUGGCCAGAAGUCCGGGGGCUGUGGCCACAGCUCUGGGGGCUGCUGAUGACCUGGAAAGGGCAGUCGGGAAAAGAAACACCAUCAAAAAGGAGUUUAAGUACCUUCCACAAUGUUCGGUUCUCCUUCCCAGUUUCCCUGUGUCCUUUAAAUGCUGCGAUGUUUCCCAAGAGAGCUCAGGUCUCUCUUGGCUCUUCCUGUUUUCUCCGUGCUCACAGAGCAUGUACCUUUUAUCUUGAGAGCUUGUGAUAACUGCCUGGGCGGUUAUUAUCCUGUACUUGACCCUGUGGAAAGUAAAGAACUUUUUU